AUGUGUGACAUCAAUCAAAACUUCCCCUCCGCUCCACACCAGCUGCACAACCGCUACUCGCCCAUCCGCAACAUCCUUUCGCCCUCCUCCGCCAUGUCUGGCCGUAAGCGGAAAGCCGAUGAGGAUAUCGAGGACGAGCGCAUGUCUCAGUCGCCGUCCAGCUCGCCCGCCAUAUCCUCACGACCGCUGCCUCGCUCGAUACAGAAACGUAUGCGUUCCAACAUCUCUGGCCGUGCCCUUCCUCUACCCCGCCUUCUCGAGACUCUCUCCCCAGAUGAGAUGCGCAACCUGCUGCAGUCCAUCUGCCAGCGCCACCCAGACAUUGGCAACGAGGUCGUCACAACAGCACCCCGUCCCAGCAUACAGUCGACACUGGAAGUGCUGUCCAAGUACGAGUCGGAGUUCCAGGCAGCUUUCCCCUUUGGCGGCAGCCAGUCGUCUGACUACGCAUACAACCGGGUACGACAACAGCUCCUCGAGCUGCUCGAAGCAAUGAAGGACUUCACACCACACUUCCUCCCGCCACACGAACAGCAAGCUGCCACAUCGCUCGCCUUCCUUGACGGAGCUACCGACGUCAUCCACCGCCUGCCCAACUGGGACACCUACCAGCACAACCGUCACAAGGAAGAGGCAUAUGAGGAGAUGGCGAAGGCUUGGGCGAUGGUCAUCCGCGAAGCAGCUAAGAAGGCAGGAGGCAUGCAGCUGCUGUACGGCGGCUGGGACCAGAAGAUUGCGAAGCACAACGACGUCUCGGGCGGAAAAAUGCAAGAGGCCGUCAAUGAGCUUCGAGGCGGCCUGGGCUGGAUGGCUGCAGAGACGUCGGCGACUGCUGCGGGAGGUCAAGCCGAUGCCAUGUCUAUUCGACAGCAGCUGCUGAACGGCAGCUAUGGUAUCGGCUCUUCUGCAAGCAUUGGAGCCUGGUAG